AUGACGAGUGCACUUCUGUCGAACAAUCCCCAAUUAAUCGAACUCAAAGAGGUAGUUUCUCAAUCGCUCACAUGUGCCGGAGUGAUCGGAAGGUACAAGGCGCAAUUGAGGGCAAGUGUCUAUGAUGUCUUGCAUGGAAGACCUCGCGGAGAAGUGUAUUUCCAAAAUCAGAAAAUACAACAAAUGAAAAGUAAUUCGGAAAAUCACUUAUUGUCACAAUUAAUAUUGGAAUAUUUGGAUUAUUUUGAUUUGAAAUUCACAAAGAGUGUCUUGUUACCAGAAGCAAAUUUGGAGCAAGAGGAUCGAGAGAGUGUUCUUGAAAAGUUGGAAAAUUCUUCACAUCAUCAUGUCACAUCAGAUUUAGGCACACAAGAACCCUUGUUGUUGCAACUCUUUACUAAAUGGUUGCACAAUGUGGUGGCCACUACUUCCGAGUCAGUGUCACCUCAACUCCAGCCAUCUGUACAACAACAGCAACAACCAGAAUUUCAAAAAUCUCCAACACUUCCAAGAAAUCUGGAGAAAACAGAAAAUCCUCCAAAAUCAACCUUAAACAAUCUUGAUACAUCCGAAAACUCAUCUCCUAAAAAUGCUCUCAACCAAUUCACACAGCAAGGAGUGUCCACCAAAGAAUCUGUGAUUGCUCCCACCACCGUGUCACCUUCACUUUCUUUGGAUGACUCGUUCGAAGAAGAACAAUUAAGCUCCACCAUGAAAAAACGAAAAAAGAAAUCCAAGACAAACAAUGAUGCAUCAAUAUCACCCCCACUGAGUGAUGGAAGCAAAUCUCAAGAAAGCAGUCCCUCAGAGAACACUUUGGCCAAGGAUGCUCUGUCUCAAAAAUUGCCACCCCUCAAACCAUUGGUUGGAUUGAAGACACGCGACUCGUCAUCACCUCCUCUCGAAAGUGUGAAUAUUUUGAGUAGUGGUGGUAGUAGUACUGGUAAUAGCUCCAAUAUUUCUGUUGGAAUAUUUAAUAAUAAUGCCAAUACCAAUUUGGGUUCAACCAUCAUGGAAAAGAAGCAUUCACCCAAAGAGUCCACCUUCCUCACCAAAGCAUUCGACGACUCGGAGCUUGAUAUUUCUGAUAUAGAGCCAUCUCCAAAGAGUGAAAGAAGUAAUCAUAGUCAAUUAAGCAAUCAAAGUCCAAAGAGCAAUCAUAGUCAGCUCAGUACUCACAGCAUUCAUAGCACUCAUAGUCAAAAGAGUAACCACAGUAUUCAUAGCGAGCAUUUGAGUGAAAAGAGCCUUCACAUUACUCACAGCAUUCACAGUCAUAAAAGUAAUACCAGUGAAAAGAGUAACAGAAGUGAAGAGAGAGGUGGUGGUGUUGGUGAAAAACAAAGACAUCAUCAUGAGGAAAUGAGUAGCUUCCAUUCAUCGGAUCAUCACAAUGUUGUUGAUGAUAAUGUUUACAAUUUUGACGAAGAUUUUGGAGAUAUUGAAGGAAACUAUGCCGAAGAUGGAGACUUUGGAGAGGAUCAUUUCGAUGGUGACACCUUGGAGCAUCAGCAUGAACAUGAGGACGAUGAAUUAAUGGGGGAUCAUCACCAAAACGAUGAAGAAAUUUCUGGCUUCUCUGGUUCCGAAUUUAAUGAUAAUUAUUCAGAUGACUUUAAAGAUUAUGAAAGUAAUCCAAGCAAUCAAAGUAAUCAUUCAUUGAAUGAAUUUAGUGACCAUACUGCUCAUUCCGAGAAUUUCGAUGAUGUUGAAAAUGUGUUAGAAGAUUCCUUCUAG